AAUCUGGCUGAAACGAGUGUGGACGACCCUCUCUCAACCAGCCCCGGUGGCCCAUUCUCUUCAAAACUCACAAGCAAGACUCGAUGAUUAUGCAAUUUCCCGCUUAGGUUCAAGAAGCCUCUUCCAGAAACCGUGCCUUCAGUCAGGAGAAGAAGUUGCCGUACAAGAAGUUUCGAGCCGAGACACCAUGGCUCUACCGCGUCGAAUUAUCAAGGAAACUCAACGCCUCAUGGCGGAACCAGUUCCGGGAAUAAGUGCCGUCCCCGAUGACAGCAACGCGCGUUACUUCCACGUCGUGGUCACAGGACCAGAAGGAUCUCCGUUCGAAGGUGGCGUUUUUAAGCUAGAACUGUUCUUACCUGAAGACUAUCCCAUGUCAGCCCCAAAGGUUCGUUUUAUUACGAAAAUCUACCAUCCGAAUAUUGACAAGUUGGGUAGAAUCUGCUUGGACAUUUUAAAAGACAAAUGGAGUCCUGCCCUUCAGAUUCGAACUGUGUUGCUGUCUAUUCAGGCGUUGUUGAGUGCUCCGAAUCCGGACGACCCUCUGGCCAACGAUGUCGCCGAACUCUGGAAGAUGAACGAGCAGGAGGCUAUACGAAACGCUAGAGAGUGGACAAGAAUGUAUGCUCUGGGCAACUAAUACUGGCUUCACGAAUAGGUUUAUUAAUACGCAAUCUGACUUGUUUUUCAUGUACUUUCUUAUUCAUCUGAUUCAUCACCAUCAUACUGAAAAAAUUCAACGGUUGUAAACAUAUAAACUUCAUUCAUGUAUGGUCAAAUUUAGUGUACCACCACCAUCAUUUCACUGAUUAUAUAAGAAUAACUUAUCUUAAACUGCAAAAAAAUCUUUACUUUUAAAACGGUCUGGAGCCUGAGGGCCAACCUAAUUUGUAGCAAAUUUCACCGAAUAAAUUGUUUGUUUGUCCAAGUAAUAUCGAUUUCUAAGGUGUCGUCCUCAAUGACAUUUAUAUUAUUGGUUGGUGAGUUGGUUAAUAAGUUAUAUUCUUCUUCGGGUUAAGGAAACUUUUAUAGCUAAGUAAAAUUUAUAUUGAUCUUGAAGCAAUACAUGAGAUUGCUUUAUAUUCAACUUUUUCUGAGUGAGAAACUACUACAAGAAUUAUGUAACUUCUUCAUGAUUUUCCUAAUAAUUACUUAAUUAUUACAAUUAGUUAGCGCAUUAGACUUUUUAUAAGAAACGCCUGAUGUUUGACCAUUAUAAUUUGAAUAAGCAAAGUAUGUGAAACAGUGCCGAUAAACUUUAAGAUGCUACUGCUGCAUACAUAUUUCACCUAAUAAUGUUAGUUAUUUUACAUAUUUCACUUAUUGUGAUCAGUAAGUACUGUGUUGAAUAUUAUUACCAACUUUUUUUUUCGAGCCGUUAUUAUGUAAUGUUUUCUCAACUGACUGAUCAUUUCAUUUAUUACGUAUUUAGAGAGAGUGAGUAUCUAGGAAUAAUAAUAUUCAUCAUCAUCUUCUUAAUUGUUUGUUUGUUAAUCUUGGUUCAUUCUGAGCUUAACUUGCAAAAAACUUUAAGUAUAAUAGAAGAAUUUAAUGUCGUCUUAUUGCUUUCCAUUUUUCCAAACAAGAAGAACAAAGGUCAGUUUUAUUAAGGACAGGGACAAGAGGACGAUUGGUUUGUUGGCUCAUAAUAAUUAAAAACUAUAGAUGAUAUGAUACAAGGAAUAAUGCGCGAUUAUUCCAAUCAACAUAAUAACCUUAAGAACAAGAUUACUGAUACAGCGAGCGAGAUCGAAACAGAGAGGCAGUGCCUAGCCUAAGUUUAGUAUUAUUAUAGAUGAUGAUGAUGAUCAACUAAAUAUAUAAGCUAAGAUAUAUCCAACAAGGGGAGGGCGAUCCAGAAUUCAGGAGGGCGUCAUUCCCAUGCUCUUCGGAAACUUUUGAAAUUUGCAAUAGUUCGUAGUAUAGAUUAUAAAGAGUGAAAGAGGAGAGAAGAUUGAUUCCUUAAUAAUUCUGGAUCACCUCCCACUGAAAAACAAUAUCUUCUACGACAUUUGACUCCAAAUGUGUGCGAAGUUAUGAUACGCGUACGGUACUAUUUUGCUCCCAAAAAAUAAAAAAGUGUUUAAUAUUGGA